ACGUCCGAGCACAUACGCGCGCACAGCUGAGCGGAAUGAGCGGGUUAUUAGUGAACCGACCGGCACCGGCUGACCGAACACGGUUGCGUUCUUCCCGGUGCUAGACCUCAGUUCUCUCACGUACACUCGGAAGCCACCAUCUGCGAGUAGGAGGAAGGGAGACACCGGCGCGCACCAUGCCGGGCUCCGUGCCCAUAACGGACCGACCGCCUCCUCCAGGCGACGCCGGCGAGAAGGCAGCCAUGUCCGGCGUGGGCACCGUGCUGCUACCGGCGGGCGUGAUCGACCCGUCGGUGCCCAUUCGAGAUAUUCAAACCAAAUUUGCCGUUCUCAGCGGACUUAUUCAAGCCGGGGAGGUUGGCAAUAGGGAUAUCGUGGAAACUGUGCUGAAUUUGCUGGUGGCGGGCGAGUUCGACCUGGAGAGCAACUUCAUCAUUCAAGACGCGGAGGGCAUCGGCUGCCUGCCGACGCUCCUGGAGCUCUGCGACGUCAACUGCCAGGCGGAGAUCUGGAGCAUGCUCACCGCCAUGCUACGCAAAAGCGUGCGCAACCUGCAGAUGAGCACCGAGGUGGGCCUCAUCCAGCGGCUGCUGCUCCGGAUCCAGUCGCUGGACGACAUGAUUGCAGACCUGCUGGUGGACAUGCUGGGCGUGCUGGCCAGCUACAGCAUCACAGUGCAGGAGGUCAAGCUCCUUUUCAGCAUGCUACAAGGGGAAGGCGGCCUCUGGCCCAGACAUGCGGUCAAAAUGCUGGCGGUGCUCAACCAGAUGCCCCAAAGACACGGACCCGACGCCUUUUUCAACUUUCCAGGGCGCACCGCCGCCGCCAUCGCAUUACCUCCCAUCGCCAAGUGGCCUUACCAGAACGGCUUCACGUUCAACACCUGGUUCAGGAUGGAUCCAUUAAACAACAUUAACGUGGAUAAAGACAAGCCUUAUCUCUACUGCUUCCGUACCAGCAAAUGUAUCGGCUACUCUGCGCAUUUUGUGGGAAACUGCCUGAUCGUCACAUCGCUUAAAUCCAAAGGCAAAGGUUUCCAGCACUGCGUCAAAUAUGAUUUCCAGCCCAGAAAGUGGUACAUGAUCAGCAUCGUGCACGUCUACAGCCGCUGGAGGAACAGCGAGAUCCGUUGCUACGUCAACGGCCAGCUGGUUUCUUACGGAGACAUGGCCUGGCACGUCAACACAAACGAUAGUUUCGAGAAGUGCUUCCUGGGCUCCUCGGAGACGGCAGACGCGAACAGAGUCUUUUGCGGCCAGCUGGGAGCCGUCUACGUGUUCGCCGAUGCUCUCAAUCCGGCGCAGAUCUUCGCCAUCCAUCAGCUCGGGCCGGGCUAUAAGAGCACGUUCAAGUUCAAGUCUGAGAGCGACAUCCACCUCGCCGAGCAUCACAAGCAAGUGUUGUAUGACGGCAAGCUGGCGAGCGCCAUCGCGCUAGCUUACAACGCCAAGGCCACCGACGCGCAGCUUUGCCUGGAGUCUUCCCCCAAGGAAAACACUUCCAUCUUUGUGCACUCGCCCCAUGCGCUUAUGCUUCAGGAUGUAAAAGCCACCGUGACUUACUCCAUUCAACGGGCGAUCCACUCCAUCGGUGGCAUCCAGGUUCUCUUCCCCCUGUUUGCUCAGCUGGACUACCACCAGUUGAACGAUAGCCAAGCGGAGAACACCGUUUGCGCGACCUUGCUGGUGUUCCUGGUGGAUCUCCUGAAGAGCUCCGUCGCCAUGCAAGAGCAGAUGCUUGGAGGAAAAGGCUUUUUGGUCAUUGGCUACUUGCUUGAAAAGUCGUCACGCGUUCACAUCAGCAGGUCGGUCCUGGAGCAGUUCCUCUCCUUCGCCAAAUAUCUGGACACUCUGUCGUACGGGGCGCCGCUACUCAAACAGCUCUGCGACCACAUCCUGUUCAACGCCGCCAUCUGGAUCCACACGCCCGCCAAGCUGCAACUCUCCUUGUAUACGUACCUGUCGUCGGAAUUCGUGGGCACCGCCGCCAUCUACGGCACCGUCCGGCGAGGCGGCACGGCGCUCCAGCUGAUGCAUACGCUCAAGUACUACUACUGGGCCGUCAACCCGGCCGAGACCAGCGGCAUCGGCCCGAAGGGUCUCGAUGGUCCAAGGCCGACCCAGAAAGAAAUCAUCUCUCUGCGGGCUUUCAUGCUUCUCUUCCUCAAGCAACUCAUCUUGAAGGACCGAGGUGUGAAAGAAGACGAAUUGCAGAGCAUCCUUAACUAUUUGCUAACAAUGCAAGAGGAUGAGAACCUACACGACGUGUUGCAGCUGCUCGUAGCGCUCAUGGCCGAGCACCCGGCCUCCAUGAUCCCAGCAUUUGACCAGAGAAACGGAAUACGGGUAAUCUACAAACUGGUGGCGUCCAAGAGUGAAAACAUUCAAGUGCAGUCCCUCAAAGUCCUCGCCUAUUUCCUCAAACAUUUGGGACACAAGAGGAAGGUGGAGAUCAUGCACACCCAAAGUCUCUUCACACUUUUGGGCGAAAAGCUCCUGCUGCACGGAGGCGCCUUGACGAUGACCACAUACAACACGCUGUAUGAGAUUCUUACAGAGCAGGUGUGCACCCAGGUGGUCCACACGCCGCACGCCGAACCAGACUCCACCGUCAAGAUUCAGAAUCCAAUGAUCCUCAAAGUGAUAGCGAGCCUUUUAAAGAAGUCGUCCCCCGGCGCCGAGCUGAUGGAAAUUCGCCGCCUCUUCCUCUCCGACAUGAUCAAACUGUUUAGCAGCAGCCGAGAGAACAGACGAUGUCUGCUUCAGUGCUCCGUGUGGCAGGACUGGAUGUUUUCUCUGGGCUUCAUCAACCCCAAAAGCCCGGAUGAGCAGAAGAUCAGCGAGAUGGUCUACAACAUAUUCCGGAUCUUGCUCUACCACGCCGUCAAACACGAGUGGGGGGGCUGGCGCGUCUGGGUCGACACGCUCUCCAUCGCCCACUCCAAGGUGACAUACGAAGCACAUAAGGAGUACCUGGCCAACAUGUACGAGGAAUACCAGCGGCAGGAAGAGGAAAACAUCAAGAAAGGGAAAAAAGGCUUGGUCAGCACCAUCUCGGGUCUUUCGGCUCAGCCCGGCAGCUUGACGGACAUGGCGGAAAUGGACCGCAGCUCCCAUUCGCCGGGCAGCGACGGGGCAGACCCGCAGAACCCGUUGACAGAAGGGCGAACCCGGAAAGAGAGCGCGGCGGCGGCGGACGGCGGCGGAUCGGAGGUCCUCCACCUCCUGGUGGACGUCAAAGCGGAGAAGGUGGAAGCCACCGAGGUCAAGAUGGACGACGCGGACGUGGCCUCGCUUCUGGAUGACGUUUAUUGCGCCGCGUUGCUGCCGAAAAACAUCUCCGCUCCUCUCAUUUCAUUGGACGAGGACAAAGAUGGCGGCGCCCUCUUGUUCCAAGAGGCUCCGUCUUCCAAAGCGCCGCCCGGCAACGAUCUGGGCUUCCUCGACGGCUUACCGAGCGUUUUGGAAAAGGGGGACUUUACGCCCCGAAGCGUCCGUUCUGGCGAAGGGGUCCAGACUCCGGUGGAAAACAUGGCGGUGCCCCCUAAAGGUGACGUUCCUUCUGUUUGGAAGCCCUCGGAUGCGGAGGGAGCGGAGGACGGAAAGAAGAUCAAGAUUCAGACCAUGGCGAGCACGCAGAGUCUAAACGACGGCGCCCCCUCGGGAGAGGAGGACCCGCAGCGACGGCAGCAGCGCUUCAGCCCUGGGCCUCGCACCACCAUGUUCCGUAUUCCCGAGUUCAAGUGGUCACCGCUGCACCAGAGGCUGCUGGCCGACCUGCUGUUCGCCCUGGAGAGUGACGUGCACGUCUGGAGAAGCCACUCCACCAAGUCGGUGAUGGAUUUUGUCAACAGCAGCGAGAACAUCAUUUUUGUGCACAACACCAUUCACCUCAUCUCCCAGAUGGUGGACAACAUCAUCAUCGCCUGUGGCGGGAUUCUGCCUCUGCUCUCAGCCGCCACCUCGCCUACUGUGGAGAACAUCGAGGCCACGCAAGGCAUGUCCUCGGAGACGGCCAUCACCUUUCUGUCACGACUGAUGGUGAUGGUGGACGUGCUGGUGUUCUCCAGCUCGCUCAACUUCAGCGAGAUCGAGGCGGAGAAGAACAUGUCGUCGGGCGGGCUCAUGCGUCAGUGCCUCAGACUGGUGUGCUGCAUGGCGGUAAGGAGCUGCCUGGAGUGCAGGCAAAGGCUGGGCGAUUACGGAAACAAGUCGCCCCAUCCGAACGACAACAAGUGUCAGGACGCUCCGCCAAAUGCUGGCACUCCGGGCAAGCUUUCCAGCACGUUUGAAAGCGUCCCUUUGAACCUGUCUCCCGUGAAGGACCCCGAUCGCCUCUUGCAAGACGUCGACAUUAACCGCCUGCGCGCCGUGGUCUUCCGUGACGUGGAUGACAGUAAGCAAGCUCAGUUCUUGGCUCUGGCCGUGGUCUACUUCAUCUCUGUUCUCAUGGUCUCCAAGUACCGCGACAUCCUGGAACCUCGGCGUCAGAGCGGCCGGACCGGCGCCAGGUCCGACCACGUCGCACGGCGUCAUCGGGAUGCCAACUUGCUCGGCGGAACGGAAACAGCUCAAACAUUCCCGGACUUUGCGAGCCUGGCUCCGCCUUCAGAGGAGCGAUCCCUUCCUCGCAGCGAACCUAGCAUCAGAACCGAGCAGGUCGUCAGCGUCGUCAACGGCUCUGACGUUGCCGGCCAGAUCUUUUCCGAGGCUCCGCCCUCCUCUUCCUCCUCGGGCUUAAACGUCAAGGAGAUUCUCAAGAGUCUGGUGGCUCCGCCUGUGGAGGGUGUGGAGGCGGGGCUUGAGCCGGUUUCCUACCCGGACCUGACAGCCAAGACCCAAACCGCACUACCCGUGCAGUUUCACUCUUUUGACAGGAGUGUGGUGGUCCCGGUAAAGAAGGCCCCCAUUGGAGCACUCGCCAUCACAGCGGGAGGGGGCAGCCCUUCUUCCGGACUGGGGACCCCCAACAUAUUUGCCGCCACCCCCAAAAGCACAAUCAACACCAUGGGAGCCGUCGAUGCCGCUGCGUCCUCCGGUUUGGUCAACGGCGCCACCAGCAAGAAUCUUCCCGCCGUGCAGACGCUGGCGCCCAUGCCCGAAGACACGGUCGAAAACAUGAGCAUUACGUCCAAGCUGGAGCGAGCACUGGAGAAGGUGGCCCCCUUGCUUCGGGAGAUCUUCGUGGACUUUGCACCCUUCCUGUCACGCACCCUGCUGGGCAGUCACGGACAGGAGCUGCUCAUCGAAGGUCUCGUAUGCAUGAAGUCCAGCACGUCAGUGGUGGAGCUCGUUAUGCUGCUUUGUUCUCAAGAGUGGCAGAACUCCAUACAGAAGAAUGCCGGCUUGGCCUUUAUUGAGCUCAUCAACGAAGGAAGGUUGCUUUGUCAUGCCACGAAGGACCACAUCGUCCGCGUGGCCAACGAGGCCGAGUUCAUCCUGAAUCGCCAGCGAGCCGAGGACGUCCACAAACACGCCGAGUUUGAGUCCAACUGCGAGCAGUACGCCGCAGAAAGGCGGGAGGAAGAGAAGAUGUGCGAGCACCUGAUCAGCGCCGCCAAGCAUCGCGACCACGUGACGGCCAAUCAGCUGCGGCAGAAGAUCGUCAACAUCCUCACCAACAAACACGGCGCCUGGGGAACGGCGGGGCCGAGGCCACCUCACGACUUCUGGCGUCUGGACUAUUGGGAGGACGACCUACGUCGUAGGAGACGAUUUGUCCGGAACCCACUCGGCUCCGCCCACUCGGACGUCGCCUGCAAAACCCUGCAGGAAUAUGUGACAGAAGACGACGAGCUGGUCAAGUUGAAGACUUUGGUGUUCCCCAGCCAAAGUGUACCGAGCCAGAUCCCCGAAACAGAUCUGGUUUUGGAGGGAGAGGACGACUCCGCGGGUUUGCUGCAGGAGAAGGAACUGGACCACCUGGCUGGAGGCCCGGUGGUGCUGAGCAGCCCGGCCCAGUUGCUCGCGCCCGGCCUGGUGGCUCGGGGGACCCUCUCCAUUAGCACCAGCGAGAUCUACUUCGAGGUGGACGAGGAGGACCCCAACUUUAAGAAUGCCAGCCCUAAGGUCUUGGCGUAUACAGAAGGUCUGCACGGAAAAUGGAUGUUCAGCGAGAUCCGCGCCGUCUUCACCAGGCGUCACCUGCUUCAGAACACAGCCAUGGAGGUCUUCAUGGCCAACAGAACAUCCGUCCUGUUCAACUUCCCUGACCAGGCGACGGUGAAGAAAGCGGUCUACAGUCUUCCCCAAGUCGGAGUCGGGACCAGCUACGGGCUUCCUCAAGACAGGCGGAUCUCGCUGGCCAGCCCUCGGCAGCUCUUCAAGUCGUCCAACAUGACGCAGCGCUGGCAGAGGAGAGAGAUCUCCAACUUUGAGUACCUUAUGUUCCUGAACACCAUCGCAGGCAGGACGUACAAUGACCUGAACCAGUACCCGCUCUUUCCCUGGGUGUUGGCUAGCUAUGACUCACAGGAGCUGGACCUCACCCUGCCCGCCAACUUUCGAGAUCUCUCCAAGCCCGUGGGCGCGCUCAACCCCAAGCGGGCUGCCUUCUUCGCCGAGCGCUUUGAGUCGUGGGCAGACGACAAGAUGCCGCCAUGGCACUAUCGACGCUACGGUUCCACCGCCGCAUCGGCGCUGCACUGGCUCAUCAGGAUGGAGCCGUUCACUAGCUUGUUUCUCAGCGCCAACAACAACAAAUUUGACCACCCGGAUCGCAUCUUUUCCUCCAUCGCCCGAUCAUGGGGGAACUGCCAGCGAGACCCCACAGACGUCAAGGAGCUGAUCCCGGAGUUCUUCUACCUGCCGGAGAUGUUGGUCAACGCCAACGGUUUCCGUCUGGGAACGCGGGAGGACGGCGUCACGGUGGGCGACGUGGAAUUGCCGGCUUGGGCCAAGACCCCCGAAGACUUUGUGAGAAUCAACAGAAUGGCGUUGGAGAGCGAAUUUGUGUCGUGUCAGCUGCACCAGUGGAUUGACCUGGUUUUCGGCUACAAGCAGCGCGGCCCCGAGGCGGUGCGCGCCCUCAACGUCUUUCACCACCUGACCUACGAGGGCGCCGUCAGCUUGGACGCCAUCGCCGACCCUUUGACCAGAGAGGCCACCGAGGCGCAGAUCCGGAGCUUUGGACAGACGCCAUCUCACUUGCUCAUCGAGCCACAUCCGCCACGCAGCUCCGCCAUGCACCUGAGUCCUCUGAUGUUCAAAGACCAGCUGCAGCAAGAUGUAAUCAUGGUGCUCAAGUUCCCGUCCAACUCCCCAGUGACGCACGUGGCCGCCAACACGCUGCCGCAUCUCGCCGUGCCGGCGGUGGUCACCGUCACGUGCAGCCGCCUCUUCGCCGUCAACCGAUGGCACAACACGCUCGGUCUAAGAGGAGCACCCGGCUACUCCUUGGAGCAGGCUCACCACCUCCCCAUCGAGAUGGACCCUCUUAUCGCGAACAGCGGCGCCAGCAACAAGCGUCAGAUCACAGACUUAGUGGACCAGAGCAUCCAGAUCAGCACGCAGUGCUUCGUGGUGACAGCUGACAACCGCUACAUCCUCGUGUGCGGCUUCUGGGACAAGAGCUUCCGCGUGUACUCCUCGGAGACAGGAAAGCUGACCCAGAUCGUGUUCGGCCACUGGGACGUGGUGACGUGCCUGGCCCGCUCCGAGUCGUACAUCGGGGGCGACUGUUACAUCGUGUCCGGCUCCAGAGACGCCACUCUUCUUCUGUGGUACUGGAGCGGCAGGCAUCACAUCAUCGGCGACAACCCCGUUAACAACGACUACCCGGCGCCACGGGCCGUCCUCACGGGUCACGACCAGGAAGUGGCGUGCGUGGCCGUUUGCGCCGAGCUAGGUCUGGUCAUCAGCGGGGCCCAAGACGGACCGUGUCUAGUGCACACCAUCACGGGGGAUUUGCUGCGAGCGCUGGAAGGGCCCGAGAACUGGAGGCGACCCCGUCUGAUCUCUGUAUCCAGCGAGGGCCACUGCAUCGUCUACUACGAGCGCGGACGCUUCUGCAACUUCAGCGUCAACGGCAAGCUGCUGGCACGCAUGGAGCUCGACGACAGCGCCAGGGCCAUCCUCCUGAGCAGCGACGGGCACAACCUGGUGACGGGCGGCGACAACGGCGUGGUGCAAGUGUGGCAAGCGUGCAGCCUGAAGCCGCUCUAUGUCUACCCCGCCUGCGACGCCGCCAUCAGAGCCAUGGAUCUUUCACAUGACCAAAGGACUCUGAUCACAGGAAUGGCAUCAGGAAGCAUCGUGGCGUUCAACAUCGACUUCAACCGUUGGCAUUUCGAACACCAACACAGGUACUGACCGGAACGUCCAACCUCUGAGGGGACGCCGUUCCGUUCGCGGACUCGCUUUCUGCUGACUUUGCGGCGCCCGCCAAGCCAACUGAAACAUGUAAAUAUGGCAAAAUAAAUGUAAAUAUCCAAGAUUUGUGCCCAGACUGGAACUGAAACGGAUUACUUUUCAUAAUUAGACACGUUGAUGACCUAAUUUAGUAAGAACACAUGUAGAUUUUUUUUUCUUAGAAUAUUUUUUAACAAAAAAUAUGUCCAUGUAUGUCAUAUUUUGUGUUUUAAACAUCCAACCGUCAAGAAUCAAACCACUAAAAUUCAACAUUUAUGCUUCAACACUGCCAUCUAGUGGGCAGAAAUAUGAGUUGUCAUAUUUGAAGUACGUAACAACAUUCAAAGUAAAAAAAAACAAAAAACAUUGUGUUGAAAUGAAUGCAAAUUUUCAUUUUGUGAGCAUUUUUACGUUUUUGUGUAUUUAUUGUUGUGUAAAUCAAGUGUUCUGUCUUAUGUCGUGUUUAAAGAAUAUCACACAAAAAAAUUACACUCAACAUCAAUUUGAGUACAUGGAAAGCCGUAAGAUUUACAGCUAAUAUUAUUAUUUGUGCAAGGAAAGUUUGUGGCAAAUGAGCUGCAGACACAAAAGUUUUACUUUAAAUGAUAUUCAUUUGCUCAUAGAUGUAUUUAAUUUUGUUGUUUGUGCUAUAUUUAUGUCAUCAUGAUUAAAUUAUUUUCCUCACCUGUUUUGGAUGAUUAAAAAGUCUUAAAAUGUCUUGAAAUUCUGCUGGUUUUUUUUUUUUUUUUUUUUAAUCCAAUUGCUUUUACUGCCACCUGCUGUCUAAACUUGUUACAGCAGCACAAGUCACUUUUCAUUUGAUUUUUUAUUGAUUUAAAUACAACAAAAACAACUACAAAUAAAGCUUUUUUGAACUUUUUGAGCUUUUUUGUGUCAUCGUGUCCAAUCGGCUGCCAUUGACAGCACUAGAUGUCCAGUCUAUUUUGACUAGGCCUGAUGUGGUCAUGUAAUAGGUUAUAGUACAGUAUAAUAUUUAACAAUUUAGAUGUUUUGCUGUGAAAAAAG